AUGGGAAGUCGGCGAAGAUCAUCGAUCUACCCGUUGAGCGACGUGGAUUUGGCCGCCGAGUCGCUCAGCUCAACCCAUUCAGCCCGGAGAGAUGAUCCAAUUCUGCCCACUUUUUCCCCAUUGGAUCUUUUCACAUGGGCCUCUUUUGAGGUGACGAUGAUCGUGUGUCAAUUUGCCGGAUUUGCACAUAUUUUCCUCGUUUCUCAUUUCUAUGGUCGGAUAGUUGGCGGAAUCAAAUACGAUGAAACGCCGAAUUAUCAUGGCUUAUUUAUGACCUAUGGGCUUGUGUUUUUUAAUGGAGAGGCUAUUUUGGCGUAUCGUUUUAUGAGAAAUGAGGCAAAAAUCCUAUCGAAACUCGUCCAUGCGACUUGCGGUAAUCAACAUGUGUACACAUUUCACAGUUGGUUCGGAAUCGCCAUCAUGGCCGCCUAUAUCAUUCAGUUCCUGUUCGGUCUUUUCAACUACGGACUCCCUGGUGUUCCGAUCGAGGUUCGACAAGCUCUAAUGCCAUAUCAUCGCACUGUUGGUCUAGCUUUGUUUGGAUGUUCAGUAGCUCAGGUUUUGCUUGGUCACUUCAGUUUUCUCUAUUUGUAUCGACCGCCAUUG